UUGACACGGAAUCUCUGUUAAAUCACUGCGUAUAUAAAUGUUUGCGUUCCUGUUACAGAGACGGAUUGAGCCAAAUCGGUCUUUGUUUCUGGCUUCAUAGAUUUCCUGACUUGAGCAAGCAAAUGGAUUUCUCAGAACAAGAUGCUGAUUUGUUCGGUGAAGAAGAGUCCGAGCAGGAAGAAGGAGAGCCCGGAGAGCCUGUGAAGGAUGCAGAUGACAGUCAGAACUCUUCUUCUUCGUCCUCGUCUUCCUCUGCCUCUUCAUCCAACGGUAGCGGUGGAGGGACUAGUAGUAGUGCUAGUGGAAGCGGAAGUGCUAGUAGCAGCGAUGGAGAAGAUGAACAAGACGAUGGAGAAGAAACAGAGAAGCCAAGUGCCUCGGAAGAGAAAGAUCUCUUUGGUUCCGAUAAUGAAGAAUACUCUAGAACCCCUGCUACGAGUCGUUAUACGGUGCCUGUACUACCUCCUAUCCGAAACAAUGACAACCAUGCUAGAGGGACUUUUGGGCGUGGUCGCUGGCAGUCCGGAUCCCAUAAUGGUAGAGGAAGAGGCAUACUCCCUCGACCUGGCCCUUAUCAUCAAAGACAGAACUAUGGUUUUGGCUCUAAAUUUUCAAAUGGGCGUCAUGAUGAACGUUUUGUUUCUGAUCUGAAGCUUACAAAGAGUGAAGAAACUUUAUCUAGAAAAUGUAUUGCAUUCCAGGAGCCCUGCGAAGUUGCUUGUUAUAGCCGCAUCGAAGGUGGCGAUGUCUACUUUGAUGACCGAAGCCUUAGACUUUUUAAGCGCCUAAUCACAGAAGAUGUUGGAGCUGAUUUGAAUGAAGGGUUUGAAUCUUAUAUUGCUAAAAAAGAAUUGGACUGCCAAGGAUUCGGUGACCUUCUUGAUUGCAUCAGAGACAAAAAUGUCCCACUCCAAAAUAUUCAUUUUGUGACUUUCCGCAACAAUCUUAAUAAGAUAUUGGCUACUGCUUAUAAUAGACACGAGCCCUGGGAAAUGGGUGUUCACAAGAGAAAUGGAGUUGUUUACCUUGAUGUGCACAAACUUCCUGAAAGGCCACAAAGUGAACUAGAUCGUCGAAGAUGUUAUUGGGGCUAUUGUUUUGAAAACCUUGCCACUGAAGAUUCAAGAGGACCUGAUGGCGAGGGGAUACAUCACAUAGAUUCAAAUGUUGAAUUCUGUUCGGUGAUCAGAACUAAACUAGGUGCUCAUCGUAUUAUUAUGGGUGCUGAGAUGGACUGUUGUGAUUCCACUGAUGAUGGAAGGAGGUUUUAUAUCGAGUUGAAGACAAGUCGUGAGUUGGAUUAUCAUACUGAAGAAAGAUAUGAAAGAGAGAAACUUCUCAAGUUUUGGAUCCAGUCAUUCUUGGCAGGUGUUCCUUACAUUGUUAUUGGAUAUAGAGAUGAUGCGGGUCGGCUUGUCCGUACAGAAAGGCUAAGAACCAAAGAUAUAACACAAAGAGUAAAGAUGAAAGGCUAUUGGCAGGGAGGAGUAUGCUUGGCGUUUGCUGACGAGGUAUUGUGCUGGCUCUAUGGGACGGUUAAAGAGAAUGAAGAUUAUAUCUUGCAGUUUUCUCAUCCUUUCACCCGUAUAGAGCUUUUGCAAGCCCAGUCUUGCCCAGAUGUGAUUACCAACCAUAUAAAAGCUAUUUUAAGCAUAUGAAAGCAAUC